CCGAAGGUAAACCCGAUGGCCAUUGCGCAAAGGCUCCUCAUCAGUAUGUCCUGCGAGGCCAACGCGCAACACUGGCCAAGGACUGCCGUUCUGCUCUUAGGAUUGCUCCUAUUUGGGAUUGUGUCCUCCAGUCCGCUUCCGAGUAGGACUAAUAGGACAACUUUACUGGAGAAGCGAUGGGAGAGCCUCUUCUCCCGCUCCGUGCUGGGGAUCUCUGGAGAGAGAUCAGAGGCGAACUGGGAGAAUGACUAUUUGCUGGGCAUCAAAAGAGUGCGGAGGCUAUACUGCAAUGUAGGCAUCGGGUUUCAUCUUCAGGUCCUCCCAGACGGCAAGAUAAACGGUGUACAUAAUGAGAACCAGUACAGUCUCAUAGAGAUCUCCACUGUGGCCAGAGGAGUGAUUAGCCUGUACGGUGUGAAAAGCGAGCUGUUUGUCGCAAUGAAUAACAGAGGAAGGUUGUACGGAACGGCUACCUUUAAAGACGAAUGCAAGUUCAAGGAGACCCUGCUGCCAAAUAACUACAAUGCCUACGAGUCCUCCGUUUACAAGGGAUUCUAUGUCGCUCUCAGCAAACGUGGCCGAGCGAAGCGAGGCAACAAGGCCACCACCGCCAUGACGGUCACCCACUUCCUCCCUCGAAUAUGAGCAGACUCUUGCAAUAAUUCUUCAUUUGCGCUGAUCUCCCCGAGAGGUCUGAAAACUGACUCACAAACAUACAAUGAACUGCAAGAAUAUCACCAAAAUAGUACUUUACUGUUUUUUAUAUGUAUAUUUGGAUAGGUCAGCUUUUUAUUAGGAUCACUGAAUAUGCUAUCCGUCGCUGCUUACUUUUAUUUAUAUAUUAUUGAUUAUGGAUGUGGAGGCUCUCCCAGCCCUCCUUUCUGUAAUCAGGUGCUUGUCAAGAAUCAAACAGAUUUUAGGACGGAUUAUUGAAGUCCUCCUUGGCUUUUUACAGUGAAAUUAUGUUUUUUAUUACCUCAAAGAGCUACCUAGAUGGUUUAAAAGGAUGCAUGGAGUUACGCUUGUUAUUUUUAGUUCUGUCUGAGCCGACACAAGCAUAAGUCUUUAUUUUUUUAUCUUUGACUUUAUUUUCUUUCUGUUUUUCUCAUGCUGUGGGAUUGUGUGAGCACUUAUAAGGAAGCAGAUCACUCUUGCUGCAUGUCACGCUGAGGUGCCUUGGCAUUCCCACACAGCGCCCCUUUAACAUGCAUGCUCUGAACGCCACGGUGCGUCAGAAAUAGGGCUGAUAUGUUAGCCAGGGCCCCGCAGGGACUGUCCCACAAGGGCCCCGGAGAGGGGUGAGGGGGAUGGGUGUGCAUCUCUGCUUUAUUUUACUUUUCUCUAAUUAGAGAACGCCGCAUGAGACGUGAGAGCGGCUCGUAAACACUGAUCAUCUCUGGUGUUCAGCAUCUGAUGUUGACUCAGAAAUGAGGUGAAACUUUAGCCCCAUUCACAUGGUAAUCACAGUAAAUUGCCAU